AUGGCAAAAAAAGAUUUUAUAGAAUCUGAAGGUUAUUCCUAUGAAUCUAAAUGGGAAUGCGACUUCAAAAACGACAUGGAGAUCAACCUAGACAUGAAACAAUACAUACACAACCUUGAAUAUGUCGGCCCUCUUGAACCAAGAGAUGCUUUCUUCGGGGGUCGCACAGAAGGGUUCAAAUUGUAUGAAGAAGCGUCAAGUGAACAAGAAAUAAACUAUUAUGACGUGACAUCAUUGUAUCCAUAUGUGAACAAAACUGGGAAAAUACCUUUGGGGCACCCCGAAAUUGUCACCGAAAAUUUCGAAGACAUAACCGAAUACGAAGGACUGAUCAAGUGUAAAAUCGUACCUCCUCACGGACUCUACAUACCCGUUUUACCCGUGAAAUCGAAUAAAAAGCUGCUUUUUAGCCUGUGUAGAACAUGCGCAGACCAGUACCAGCAGUCGCCAUGUCAGCAUACUGAUAAUGAAAGAGCUUUCCUGGGUACUUGGGUUACAGACGAGGUAAAACUGGCAAUAUCGCAGGGUUACAAAAUUGUGAAAAUCUACGAAAUUUGGCAUUUUGAAAAUAUUUCGCAGUAUGACCCAGACUCCAAAUGUGGCGGUUUAUUCACUGAAUACGUGAAUACCUUCCUGAAACUAAAGCAGGAAGCAAGCGGUUGGCCAGAAUGGUGCAAAACAGAAGAAGACAAGCAAUCGUAUAUUAAAAGAUUCUAUGACAAGGAGGGUAUACUUUUAGACUAUAACAUGAUUCUCAAAAAUCCAGGUCUUCGAUCCUUGGCUAAGCUGAUGCUGAAUUCUUUCUGGGGCAAAUUUGGCCAACGUACAAAUCUAGCACAAACGUCUUACGUAACAGACACCAAGGAGUUUUUUGAAUUUAUGACAAAUGACCAACAAACAAUCAAGAACAUCCAUUUUGUAAAUGAGGAAACAAUACAACUUGACUGGGCAUACAGUGAAGAUUUCAUUUCGGAUUCCUCUAGGACAAACGUUGUGAUAGCUGCAUACACAACGGCACAGGCCCGCCUUAAAAUCUACAGCUAUCUACAGGGUCUGGGUCAACGCUGUCUAUAUACGGACACAGAUUCGAUAUUCUUUAUUUCAAAGCUUGGGCAGUGGAAGCCGCCACUCGGAGAUUUUCUUGGAGAUCUCACAGAUGAGGUUCCGGGAAAUAAAAUAACAAACUUUGUCACCGGUGGUCCCAAAAAUUAUGCGUACAAAACAGAACGAUGUGACAAAAACGAAUGUGGACCGCUGAAUGUAUCAGAUGAGAUCGUCGUUCGCGGGAAUGUGAACAUAAUUGGCAGCUAUAUUCGUCUCGACUGUAAAAAAGGCUACACCCCGUCGUUCACCAAGAGCACUGUCGAAUGUAUCAACACGGGCGAAUGGACCGAGCACGACAUGACUUGUGAGUGUGCAGAUGGCUGGACAAAGUUCAAAACGUCUUGUUAUCAGCAUUUCGGUAUCAAACGUUCCUGGGACGCUGCAAAGAGCGCAUGCGAGGAUGAUAACGCCCAACUUGUUUCGAUAACCAGUCUGGAGGAGUACGAUUUCGUUCACGGAUAUAUAAAUCAAACAAAUGUUGAUACAGUCUGGAUCGGAGCUAACAAAAGAAAAAAAAUGGAUCAUGGGUAUGGAUAUCUGGAGAAGAAUGGGCGUAUGAGCACUUUGCUCAUGGAGAGCCGAAAAAAGAUAGACGUGGGAAAUGCCUUGUAA